GCGAGUCCAAAUUGAGAUAGUGCAGCUACAGUUCUUGUGGGCGCCACAUUUUCAUUACUCUUCUGCAAGGAUCUUGAAGUUCCAAUCCAAAUUGAGCUAUUAAUUUCACCGCUUCAUCAAUUUUAAGUGCAGACAUCGCACAAGCAAUAAUGACUUUCUACACUCUGAUUAUGUUGCCUCUUCUCCUCUUACUCCUGCCACUGCUUUUCCUCUUCAGCAAGAAAAAGAAAGCUGAAGAAGGAAAUAAGCGCAUCCCACCAAGCCCUCCGAAGCUUCCGAUUUUAGGAAACUUGCACCAACUCAGUGAAUUGCUUCACCAAUCUUACUGCGAGUUAUCCAAGAAGUAUGGCCCUGUCAUGCUUCUUCAUCUCGGUCAUUUACCAACUGUUGUAAUCUCUUCUGCUGAAGCUGCACAAGAGGCCUUGAAAGUUCAUGAUCUUGCCUGUUGCAGCAGACCUCUUUUAGCUGGCUCUGGCAGGCUUUCUUACAAUUACUUGGAUGUAGCUUUUGCACCCUAUGGUGAACUAUGGAGAAAAAUGAGACAGCUGAUUGUUCUUGAGCUCUUUAGCAUGAAGAGGGUUCAUUCUUUUCGGCCACUUAGAGAAGCAGAAGUCGAAAUGCUUAUCAAUUCAAUUUCUGAGUCGGCAUCUUCUGCAACUCCUAUUAAUCUUACUGACAAGUUGUUUGCUCUUACUGCAAAUAUUACAUUUAAGAUGUCUUUCGGAUUCGAUUAUCGAGGGACUGAUUUUGACAGAGAUAGAUUUCAUGAAGUAGUUCAUGAUGCUGAGGCUGUGGCAGGAAGCUUUUCCACCGGGGAGUUCUUCCCGUUUUACGGUUGGAUUAUUGACAGGAUAUCCGGUCAUCACGCAAGGACAGAAAGAGUUUUCUAUGAGUUAGAUAAAUUUUUUCAACAUGUAAUUGAUGAUCAUCUUAAGCCUGGAAGAAAAAAGGACCAGGAUGACAUGAUUGAUGUGCUGUUGCGAAUAGAGAAGGAACAAGCACAAGUUGGAGAAGGAGCUCACUUCACCAAAGAUAACAUUAAGGGAGUCCUCCUGAAUUUAUUUCUGGGUGGUGUGGACACUUCUGCGAUUACUCUAAAUUGGGCAAUGGCAGAGUUUGUUAGGAAUCCAAGAGUGAUGAAGAAAUUGCAAGAAGAAGUCAGAAAUUCUGUUGGAAAGAAAGGAAGAGUGACAGAAGCUGACAUUAACAAGCUUGAAUACCUUAAGAUGGUAGUAAAAGAAACUUUCAGAUUGCAUCCUGCAGCACCAUUACUAAUUCCAAGAGAAACCCUUUCUCAUAUUAAAGUCAAUGGCUAUGAUAUUAAGCCGAAAACCAUGAUCCAAGUUAAUGCUUGGGCAAUUGGACGUGAUCCUAAGUACUGGAAAGACCCUGAAGAGUUCUUCCCUGAAAGAUUUGCUGAUGGCUCCCCUGACUUUAAGGGAAAAGAUUAUGAAUUCCUGCCAUUUGGAGCUGGUAGAAGAAUGUGCGUUGGGAUGAACUUGGGAACAAUAACAGUAGAAUUUGUGCUUGCAAAUCUCGUUUAUUGUUUUGAUUGGAAGUUGCCUGACGGGAUGCAGAAGGAAGAUAUCAACAUGGAAGAGCAAGCUGGUGUCAGUCUCACUGUCUCUAAAAAGACACCCCUCUGCCUUGUGCCCGUCAAAUACCUGCAGUGAUACCCCUCGCUAAAAAGACACCCCUCGCUAGAAGAAACCCAUUAGCUGAAUAGCAUAUUAACAGGAGCAUGUUCCCAUUACAAGGCGCAGAGCCUUGCACAUCGAGGACGCCAUAUUAAUAGGAGUAUGAUGUGUUGUUGGACGAGAAUAAAGAAAAAGAACCCAUCUUUGUUUCCCCGACUUUUUUGACUUUGCUCUACUUCGUUUCCAUUAUUUAUUUCUUGUCUUUACAGAAACAUUGAGCUUUUGUUUUCUUGUACAUCGAAUGUAAUGCAUGUUAUGUUGAAUUA